CAGAACAAUUUUAUAAAAUUUACAGUUCAUUUGGUGCUUUUGUGAGGAAUGUAACGUGGCACUUCGCUCUUCAAUAUUAUCGUUGUGAAUGCGCAAAUUUAUCGAAAUUGAAGAUUAGGCAACUACUCAGUGUUUUUAAAUCGGUCUUACAGGUGGCUAUCCGUGCUAAGUGUGAACUUUUUGGAUUUCAGUUUUGUGUAUGACUACUAUUUUGACGAAUAUUUAGCAUAGUCUCAAUAUUAUUACAGAUUUUCCUGGGAAGCUUUUACAAAUUUGAAUACAAUGACGUCGUACGAAAGUCCAGUGCUUCGACAUAGAAACAACAACAGUGAAAUAGGUCGCGAUGACUCUUCCCACGAAACCGUUAUGCAGUGAUAAGCCGUCGUUGCCGCUGCGAGGCGCCGCCGGUGGCGUCGGAAAGCGUCGGCCGGCCUGUUUGAGCGCCGCUUGGGCCGAUCCUCCCAUCUCCAGGAGGGAGAAACGAAGAGCCAUCUGUUCGUGGUCGGUAGGAUACGGAACGCUCAACGAAGCAGACGAGACUUUUUUGGAUAGUCAAGAUCUAACUAAUUAUAACGAAGGAAAAGUGGCUGACCACGCCGCCCUGUUAGAACCGCGGGGUCGUCGUGUAGUGACCACGUCGAUUGCAGUGCCCCAUGCAUCGCAACCGAUCGGCCCCUCUCCGAGUGCCCCGAUCAUCAACAACCAGCGUCCCCCCAAAUCGAGAUCCGAACAACUGUUCGGCAUGCCCGGCAUCAAGUCCUUAUUGGGCACGAGGCGGCGGAAUAACGGGCUGGAAGGACCACAAUCACCUUUGGUGUCCAGGAAAGAAAACGGGACUUCCACCAUGCCUGCGGUUAGGCCGGCGUCUAGUUUAGCGAGUCUUAGGAAAUGUGAAACGGUGCUGGCGCUCACAGGGUACCUUAGAUCGGCAUCAUCUUCCAGCAGCAUAGAACCUCUUCAACCCGUUAACAGACUGAGAGUUUCCCCGCAUGAGUCACAUCUUCGUAUGUGCUCUCGUUGUUCCAGUCUACUAACGUUAGCAUCGAGUUCUCGUUACUCAUUGAAUUCUUCGACGGGGGGUUUCGUACCUGUACCUGCUGGUGAACCGCCGACGCUGUGCAAGCUCUGUCUGACGGAUGUGCCUUCGCAGGACGUUAUGCGCAUUGAGCAGUGUGAGUGUGCCUUUUGCUUAGAGUGUAUGAAGGCUUAUGUAGAAUUCGAGAUAGGCCAAGGAGCAUAUGAUAUUUCAUGUCCUGAUGCACAAUGUCCGUCUCAGGGUGUUUUAGAUGAAGAAGAGAUAAAAAGACUGGCUGGAAAUGAUUUAUUAGAAAAACAUAAAAAGUAUCGACUUAAUAGAGAAGUAGAAUUAGAUAAGAACCGUACGUGGUGUCCCCGUGCGGGCUGCGAAACCGUCUGCAGCAUGUGCCCUCAACAGAAAUGCUCUCCACAGGGCGUCUUCUGUCCGACGUGUACCAACGAGUUCUGCAGUAAUUGCAAGCUGGAAUGGCACGAGGGCCUUUCCUGCGAAGAAUACGGCAAGCAGUUGUCGAAAGAAGGCAAAACCGAAGAGCCUGGCAUACCAUUCGAUUCGGAUCUCAUCAAGUGCUGCCCCAUGUGUAACGUUCCUAUAGAGAAAGACGAAGGCUGUGCUCAAAUGAUGUGUAAGAGAUGCAAACAUGUUUUCUGUUGGUAUUGCCUAGCCAGUCUUGAUGACGACUUUUUGCUGAGACACUACGACAAAGGACCCUGCAAAAACAAACUGGGACACUCCCGAGCUUCAGUCAUCUGGCAUCGGACCCAAGUCAUCGGCAUCUUUGCCGGCUUCGGCAUUCUUCUACUGGUAGCCUCGCCGCUGCUUCUCCUCGCCGCACCAUGCAUAGUAUGUUGCAAGUGCCGCGCCUGCAACCAGGGCGCAAACAAGUUGGACAACGAAGAGGAACCUGAACCUCCUCCUGAGGAAUCAUGAUAUGCGCGGUUCCUUCGAUGGUUUACAACCGGUGCGUGAAAGUGUAAGGGGCCAACACAUAUUGACGAAAAGUAGGCAGUUGCAGCUCGGUUUUUGUUUAUGACUGUUUAUUACUGCGUGUACUAUUUUGACAGAUACAGUGUACAUUGACAUACAUUGUUUCCCCGGAACUGAACAAUACUCGCCUGUUUUUAGAAUAGCUGUUUUUUUUUUGUUUUGUUGUGGCGAUAACACAUGUACAGGUCGACAGAAAUAUCUGAAAUCGCCAAUAGGGCAUUCCACCAUGUUGUCAAAAUUAAAUCAAUAUGGCGGCUGGGAGGCAAACAUAAAUGUUAUUCUAUCAGUUCUUAUUGUGUUUUAGAUCAUUUUAGUUGCGUUUCUUUGUAAUUUUGUUUUGUACAAGGAUUAAUUUAACAUUUUCACUGGAAGAAUUAAUUUAAAAAGAUAAUAUGUCUCAUUUCUGUUGUGUUUUGAAGUGUUGAAUGGGAAGUAAUCAUGAUAUAGUUCAGUUUUAUCAGUUACCACCAGUGCUUUAUUUUAAGCAUAAAACAACUAAAUAAGUUAUCAUCUGAGAGACAAAAACAAUGGUUAAAUGUUACAAAACGUCCUAUAAAAAUGCUAAAUUACUAAUUAUGUGCAUGUUACCUACGCUUGGAAAACUGUCUCUGCCUUAGGUUAACUCGAGACCCCUUAAGGUAAAGUGGACCUAUAUUAUUUAUUUUGCCAAUACCUACUAGCAACAUCCGUAUUGUCUACCAACAACUUUCGAAAAUAUUCACUCAUGUUUAUUUAUUCACUGCUUAAAACUAAAUAAAGUCGUUCAAGUACUUCUACAACUAAAAACUACACAAAAUCUAUAACAAAUUGUUCGGAAAAUACAACUAAAAAACUGACGGCAAAAAACUUAAGAAACGAUCUAGUACAAAUAUAAACAAAUACAAUGUUUGGCAGUUUUAUUCCCAGUGGCUUCAUAAACAUCAUAGUCUUGGAAUGCCCUAUGUCAGACCAAUCGAAAUCUUUGGUUAGGUCGUUGUCAUUGCAACGUUGUCAGAUCAAUUGGGUUUCAAAGGGUUUUCGGUUUUUAUGUGAUAUAUUAGACCUAAUAAGUAACAGUGUAUAUUGGUGAAAUUCUUAUUAUCAAUUAUUUCAAUCAAAUACGAAUAAGGAAUACUAAUUGUUUGUUAAUGACUUCAAAAGAUUCUGUUUUUCUUAGUCCAUUAUUACUAUCAUUCUAAUUUUUGUUUCAGAUGACUGUUUAACAGUCUCGUAAGUGAAAACAAUAAAUAUAUUUUCUUGCCUAGCUUUUGUUCUUGAGAUACUUCCACUGGCGAAGCGUCCAUGUAACUACUGUUACCAUUGGUAACAGGUAAACAUCUUGCAAAUAAAUAUUUUAUGACUACUAUGAAAUAAUUCCAUUUAUAUUUUUUACAAACAGAAAUAUUUAUUAAUACGUAGUACCUAUCUAAUUCAGUAAAUAGCCAACAAGACGCACGAAAAUAUUGGCGAGAUUACAUGUGAAUACAUUUGAAUCCGUUACACGUUAUUAUACUCCGUUACCACUUCUAGUUCUGGUAACGAAAGAUGAUUCUCGCUAUCGCUCGGGACUGAAAAUUUUGAAGGAAUGACGGCUCCAGAGACGGCGCGGGCACGCUGUGUAUAUCAGUAUUGUAACCAUUUUACAAUCUGGUAACGUUAGUUUAGUAGCUAUUCGUGCAUUUGAACAUGGAAGAAUGUUGCUGCGUAAUCGAUCAACUACUUGAAAAGUCAUUAUCCUUGUAUAUUUUUUUAUAUAUAAUUUUGAAGAAAAAAAUGAAAUUAUUGAAAAUAGAAGAUUUCAAAUAUAAACACUAAUUUUCAAAAUAUGUUCUCUUUCCUAUUUGUUUAUUUUUGAUGCUAAUUUUAUUGUAGAAUAAUCUGUUUAGUUUGUUUAUUAUUUAUUGUUAUACCUAUUACAUGCAUAAUACAUGUAUACAUAAUUACAUGCAUAUAAUUUGGGAAUAGUGAUUUGUUUAAUUUUAUCCCACAGGAUUGAAAACAAAAACUUAUAUUUGAGAGGUUCAAAAUAAUUUUUAUCUACUUUAUGUCAUAUAAGUUUUUAGUUUGUGAAAACUGUCAUUAUAGAUAGCAGUGCGUGAAGGGUUUAAAGUGUGCGUGAAGUAACAAUGUAUUUUAAAUGGGAUUUACUUUUUCGCACACUUUCAAUGGGUUUUUUGGCACACUUUCAUAUAAUCAAGUAUCGUUAACUUUCGCGUUAUCAUGGCGAUGACAAUAUGAGCAAUGACUUACAUUACUUACAACAAAAUUUUUGACAGUUUUGUGGUUUGAAAGUAGUUAGGAUUUUUAAAUGUCAAAGUUCUAAAAAUUGUAGAAUAGAAAUGAAUUCCAGUGACGAAGAGUUACAGUUUUUUUAUUUGUUUAUCGUAGAUAAAAUAUUGUAUGAAACUGUGCGUGAAGUACUUUUUGCGAACUUACGCGAUGUAUAGCACUCGCUCCGUUGUCGCUCGUGCUCUAAAUAUCGCGUGCGUUCGCAAAAAGUAUACUUCACUGUUUCAUAAAUUUUUCAAUAAGAUUUUUUUACAUCUAGUUUUGGUAACACUUAAGAAAAAGUCACGCUUCGUCACUGGAUACUUCAGUCUUAAAUGUCUAAUGUUGCGUUUCUUAAUCAAUAUUUUUCUCACAAGGAGGAAUUUCCUGUAACUGGUUGUAUACCAUUAAUUACAAGUAAAUUUAACGAACAAUUUUUUUUCUUGGUAAAAGGUAUAUUUAUUUAAAAACUAUUAAAAGGGCCACCAAUAUCACAACAAAACGUUUUCGCCCUCUAAAAAAAGCAUCAUCAGUGUUACAAGCGUAACAUACUGAGCCACCCAAAAAUACAAAUUGAGAUCCUUUAAAAGUUGACAAUUAUUAAUUAAAUAAGUUAUGGAAUCCAAAGGAUAGAUAUAAUCCUUAUGGAUAAGGCCCUAGGGUAACAUAUGACUCCCACGUGGUACGUGGGUAGCUAGGUAAUAAUUAGGUUACCACAUUGAGAGAGGUGAAAGGCAACUAAGAGGUGAAAGAGUUCAACUGAAGUCUCCUCUCCUUGAUUUGCUACCUGAGUGACCUUCGUGGUGUCAGAUAUUUCUGUACUCUUGUAUAUCUUUCGCAACUGGGUAGUAGUAUCGGUCUUAUUUUGUUUUAUUUUUUAAAUUUUACUAAACGCCACGAAUUUCAUUUAAUUUUUGACAGAUUUAGUUAUAAUUUUAUGUAACAUGUCGACAGCUUCCAUAACAUCUAAUUAUGACAGUUGUUAAACAAGUUAAGCUCAAAACGUCUCAACCUAGCAUUUUUAGUAAGAAAAUAUUUCUUUUUUUAUGUUAAAAAUAGUACUCGUAGUAUGAACUAUUUCUUAACCAAAGUAUAAAGUUUGGAUCAUUGGUAAAACUGAAUGUGAGAUUAUUAUAUUUGAUAAAAUAACGUCCAUGGUCUAAAUUUUAAAAUAGCUUAAAUAUGAAAUUUUACUACACAUAUUUGGUGCAAAAUAUCAGGAGCGAUUUAAUGGAAACCUAUAAACGUCAGCAUCAGUGUAAAGUUAUUUUAAUGUAACUCCUGGUAUAUGGUUUUAAUUUUUAAAAUUCAACAUUUUUCUUAUCUGUUCUGAUUAGUUUUGACUCUUAUCUAGUACUGAUUAAAAUAGUAAUUAAAUACUCUUUAUAACAAAUUUUAAACAAUGACUUGUGACAGUUGGAUUUGUCACUAAAUCGUGGGAAAUUCGCUAUCCCGAUAGCCUUAUAAGCUCUGCCCACUAGCGUCAUUUUUCAGGAAACUUUAGAACAGGUCAGGAAGAGAUCACUUGUUCAAUUAUAUUCUAGACUUGUUCUAAAAACAAUUUAACCAAUAUUCGGACGCAGAGAUCAAAAUAUACUUUUCAAAAGGUUUUGUGCGCCAAAUCCGAAUGUGAGCUUCAAAUUGUCAAAUUGGCUCUGGUUUCUGAGAUAUCCUAACCUAAAAGUGCAAAAAUAGACCAUUCCAGGGUGACGUCAUUUGACAGCGACUGGAGGGCAAAGAUCUUGUAAACAAAGUAGGUUAAGUGUAGAAAACCUUUGUUCAAUUUAAGAAUAUGAUUAAAAUACCAGCGUUUUGUUCAGUUGUAAAGUGUUCCAGUAAAAGUAAAAGAGAUAAAGUGAGUUUUUUUUAUAUUACCAGCCGCAUUUAAAGACCGAGAUGUUUUAAAUCAUUAUAAUCACAAUGCACUGUAAACAGAACGACGAUAUGGGCCAAUAAAACUGAUUUUCUGAUUAUACCGGGUUUUUGCAACCCCUAUGAGGGUGUCCUAUAUCUAAUAUUAGAAAUCUAUAUCUAAUAUUAGAAAUUUUUGUAGUUAAAACCACAGAUUUCUUAUAAUAAAACGAGAAAAUAGCAAAAAGAACACCGAAAACACAAUUUUUGCCCCUCAGCGACGCUGUCAAAGUCACGUGACCUGGAAUGGUCCAUAGAGGUUUUUGAGGUUAUGUAGCAUUGUGAUAUAUUUUUCUACCAGAAAUUGUUAUAACUAUCUUAAAGUGUAAGCAUCAAUCUUUUAAAUGACGUUGAGUUUACUCAGAUAUCUUCUUUUUUCGCUGAGAUAUCGCAUUUUUACAUUUUACGCAUUUUAUACAUAAUAUGUAAUGAAAUCGCAACUAUGAUAGUACAACUAGGCGAAAAUACAAAUCCCAUCCCCAUUAAGAGAGGAGUUAGACAAGGAGACGUAAUAUAGCCAAAGCCAGUGCCGCGUCAGUAAGCGCCUGUGUGCAAAACAUUUAAUGGCGCCCAAAAAUACGCAUUUUUUUUUAAAUCGUCUCGUUAGAUUAGACAUUGUGAAUAAAAAUAAACAAUUAUUUAUUGUAACCAAACAAAAAUAACUAAAAAUUCUACAGGUAAACAUGAAAAUAAAUAUCUAUUUCAGAAAAAAAUUCACUUUUCGCGCCUUCAGUUCGGAAAAUCUUUUUAUUAUAACAUGGUGAAUAUCAUCUAAUAUUGACGACUUUAUAGAACAGUGGCUGAUCCAGCAUCGUUAAGAGGGGGGGGGCGAUUGACUAAAUUUCUAUAAAAUAAAUAAAUGUUUUAUAAUCUUUAUAUAUAUAAUUAAAAACAUUAAAUCACUUGGUUUGAGAGGGGGGCCGAUCGCCCCAAUCGCCCAUCCCUGGAUCCGCCACUGUUAUAGAAGAGAUGAUAGAUAAAUUUGUUAACCGCUCUUGACUGAUGGUCGAUCUUAAAAUAAUGUUUUAUAAGUUUCAGUUUAGAAAGAGAUCGUUAAGCAGUGGCAACAGAUAUGGGCAGAAUGCGAAGAGCUAUUGUUAAAUUUGGGUAAACUUAAGUUAAUUCAAGUAUUAUUCCAGUUCUCAAUACAAGUAUCAUUCCAGAGAUGCAAACACAUCAAUUGCGACAUAUACGCAUGUCGGUUAAUUACGAGAUAGCGUUUGAUCGAGUACAGCACGCCAAAAUAAUGUAAAUACUAAAAGAACCAGGAAUUAAUAACCAAGAUCUGAAAAUUAUUAGAAACAUUUACUGUAAUCAGACUGCAAACCUCAGGGUUAAAGGUGAACACACCGAAUACGUGAAAAUCGUGCGUGUCAUCAUUAUUUCAUUUUUUUAACAAAGGCUGAAGCUGUAUAAUUAAUAUAUUUUACUAUACUUUCUCUAUAUCUAGAUGAUCACUAAAUCUCAGUUUUUUUCCAAAUUUCUACACAAAAGUUUUAUUGUGAGUUUUCUGUACUGUCAUUCAAAUUAUGUAAAAAUUUGAAAGAAUUAACAUUUUUCAUUUACUGAAAAAUGCUUGCUCGAGAACAUAAUAAAAUAAAUUAACUUUGUAUGACAUUUUAGGAUCCAAAAUCGGAUCGUCUUUAUGUUCGUAAUCGAUCUGUCAGCUUUUUUUUCCGAAGCUGUAACUGUGUGGCUGAUUGAUAACUGGGCUUCACAUUCAUUUUCUCUGCAGUUUCAUUUGCCGUAGUAAUAACAUCAUUAAAUUUACUAUCUGUUCGAAACUCGAGCCAUAAUUGUUUUAUCUCUUGUAAAGCAUUUAAGGCCAGCUGCAUACUAAUUAUUUUUGAUUAAAAAUUUAUGCUAACGAAGUUAACUUUCAUCGGAACUUUAUACCAUAGCUCAUAGGUACAGUUGAGUCCGCGAAUCUUUACCCGUGCGUCAUCAUUUAAAGCAUACGAAAUAAGUCGAUGCUAAGUCGGAAAUUGAAAUUUACUAAACGCAACAUCAAGUGACAAUAAUUACUUAAGUGACUUGCUGUUGCGUUUAGUAAAUUUCAAUUUCCGACUUAUCAUCGACUUAUUUCGUAUGCUUUAAAUGAUGACGCACGGGUAAAGAUUCGCGGACUCAACUGUAUAUAGACUGACAAGACUAAGCAACUGAGCAUAUGAAUGUAAAUGUUGAUAUUUUAUCUUUUAAACAUCUAGAUUGACAUUUUGAAUCACGAUCUUUAUCCGAAUGUGUUAUAUCACAUAAAGCAUAAUAAAUUUCUGUCAAAAUUUGUUAUAAUGACUUUAAAGUAUCAAUUAUGCUGGACCAGCGUGAAUUAGAUAAAUGCAUUAAAGCCAGACUUGCAAAGUGUUGUUUUAGGAUAUCCCAAUGUUUGGUAGAAGCUGAAAAAAAUGGGUAAGUGUUAUUUUGACCCGCCUAAAAUGUUUGUGAAAACUCUAGUGGCGUCCCUAAAUUACUGGCGCCUGUGUGCGCCGCACACAUUGCACACGUGGACGGCGCGGCCCUGGCCAAAGCUCUUUAAACUAGUUCUAGAAGACGUCUUCAAAACUACAAAUUGCUCAAUAUAUUGUUAAUCAACGAUUAACGUUAAUGGCAACAAGUUAAACAACCUCAAAUUCGCUGACGACAUCGUGAUUAUAGCGAGCACAUUCGAGGAACGGCAAAUUAUGAUGGAGGAACUCGCAGACAGCUCCCAAUGCGUCAGCCCUAAAAAUGAAUAUGACAAAAACAAAAUCGAACACAGACGACACCAGAUGUAUAUUUUAUAAAUGGCAGUGAGAUAGAACAAGUCCAUGAAUAUAUCUGCCUAGGCCAAAUUCUGAAACUCGACAUAGAGAACCAAAGUGUGGAAAUCACUAGAAGAGCAAGACUGGAAUGGGCAGGAUUUGUAAAACUUAGUUAAGAACCCUUAAGAACCGCGAAAUACCUAGUGGCGUAACUAACGCCAAUGCAACCAAUGCUGUGCAUUGGGGCGCAGGCCUUAGGGGAGCGCAAAAACUGAUAUUCUGGAAAAUAUAAAUACGAAUAGGGGCGCACGUGGAAUACUUGCAUUGGAGCGCAGUCAGACUAGUUACGCCACUUAAAUACCCCUUUACUUGAGAAGCAAAAUGUUCAACCAGUACAUCCUUCCUAUCGUGACAUAUGGAUGGCAAACCUGGACCCUAACCAAGGAAAAUAUGAAUAAACUAGCCACAACAGAAAGGGCAAUGGAAAGGAGCAAUGUUAGAUAUACGACUGUCAGAUAAAAAGAGUAACGACUGGAUAUGAUCAAAUACAAAAGUCAGGGUUGUCACAAUAAAAAUUACCAAACUCAAAUGGACCUUCAGUUCUUAAUACUAUAUCCAUUUUAUACAUAAAUUGGAAAAGUAUCGUUAAAAAAACUAAUUAAGUAUUAAUAAUUUGGAACUUUACAAUAUGUAUUUAUCAUAUUAUUAUGCUUAACCUCAAAUUGUAAGAUCCAAAAAUGUCAAGUGCGCACAUGUUUCACACGUGAAGGUGCUAGGUGUCACGUCAGUCAUGCUCAAUAUAACCUCAAAAAUGGUCAAAAAUAGCUAUUUUGCACUUUUAGGUUAGGAUAUCUCAGAAACCAGAGCCAAUUCAGCAAUUUGCAGAUUCGUAUUCAGCACACCAAAAACCUUUCUGUUUUGUGGAUCUCAGGCUUGCCAACCUGCAUUAUUGUAGAGAAUGUUGUCAGAGGGCGACAGUAAUGCAAUUGAUUUUAUCACAUUUUACAGUGAAAAUAUAGUGGCUUUGCCAGGUUCCGUAAGUCCCUUCAUAUUCAGUUAAAUAUUAUCUAUCCUAUAUCCUAUAGUCAUUUUAUUAAAAUUAUGGAUGCCUCGUAUAAAGAUAUUAAUAAAAAUUUUGCAUUUAACGUGCGCAAGUGUAAUAAAAUUUCAUACAACUUUGUCAUUCGGCUUACAAUGUUGCGGCUACUUUACAUUUUUUAUUGCCUAACACGAUGGAUUAUAGUAUUUUUGUACUGUUAUCAUUAAGUGUAUUUUUUAUGGAUUGAUUUUGUUGGUUUAGUGUAGAGAAACUUAGGAACAUGCAGUGACUCACACUUUUACAAAGAAUAGUCAAGGAAGAAAAUAUUAUAUAGUAGACAUUUUUAAGGUUUUAAUAAUUUUAUUUCCGUGCAAAAAUUUUGAGAAAGUAUUAUGACACUAGCAGUUUUGUUGAUGUGAUUUUUGAAUGGUUUUUGUUUUGGGUUGACACGCAUGUCUCAACAUUUUUGUUUAAUCUAAUACUGAAUAUUAUAUACGUUUUUGUAAAAUAACGUUGUGAAUCGAACAUACCAUAGAAACUUUUCUAUAAUUUAAUAAAUACCUACUAAUGCUGUGAGCUGAAGAAAUAUUGUUUAAAUCUAAGAACUUCAUAAAAUUUAUUUAGAAUACUUUGUUUUGGUCAGAGAACAAAACCUUGACCAUGAUUCCUAUGAACAUAUAUUGAGCAUUAAGUUCAAUUUUAGAGCACAUAUUGAACAACAUAGGGCUCAUAGGUAAACUUUGGAAACUCACAUUUACUUGACACAUGUCGCUGGUCCGGAAAAAGAAUGACGUAACUUUUGUCAAUUCCUGUUUAUUGCGUAAUAACUUCUAAAAUACUGUGUACAGAUGAUACAAAAGCGGCAUAACUGUAGCUAUGUGAUGAGCCACUACAGGGUAGUUGCGUCGUUAUUGAAAUACACGCUAUUUUAGACCUUAUUUCAGAUGAAUAAUGACGUAACUGUUAAUAGGGUUGAAAAUGGGGGGAAUUAAAUUAAGAUAAUGAAAUUCGGACCAAUAGGGAUGAAAAUAAAAGCCAUCACUGUAAGAAUAAACGGCUUACAAAAUAUUUAAAAAUCUUUUUUUGUAGAGAAAAAUUUUAAGAUGAAGAAUGACGCAGCUGUAGAUAGGGUUGAAAAUGGGGGGAUUAAAUUAAGAUAAUGAAAUUCGAACCAAUAGGGAUGAAACCAAAAGCCGUCAUUGUAAAAAUAAACGCCAUACCGAUGUUCCUGGACGGUUACUCUUUAUUUAAUCACUAUUUUAAAUAUUUAAACAAAUUUAGAUGAAUAAUGACGCAACUGUAGAUAGGGUUGAAAAUGGGGUGAUUAAAUUAAGAUAAUGAAAUAAUUCGAAUCAUUAGAGACAAAAAUAAAAGCCAUCAUUGCAAGAAUAAACGCCAUACCAAUGCUCCUGGACGAUUAUUCCUGAUUUAUUCCCUAUUUUAAAUAUUUAGAAAAAUAUUUUUGCUCUUCUGAGACAUUUGGCUUGUUGCAGUUACGUCAUUCUUCUUCUGGACCGGCGAUUUUAUGUUUCAAUGAUUUCAAACUGUACUGUCGGUACUUGAUAUUUAGGUACCUAAUCAUUUUUAGACAAUUUUUGUGGAUGUUGAGCCAGUCAAUUUACUUGUUUUUAUUGCCCUCAACCUACUUGCAGUCUUGUUGAUAUAAACAAAGUUUGACAUUUAUUUUCCGAUUUAUAAAGUAAAAUGUUCCAAUCAUUUCCAUUCUUACGGGAUUUAGCUCCUGGAGCCUGUCCUGUGCAUGCUUUCAUAUACAGGACCGGCGCAAGGAACUGUAUUGCCUAAUUAAAUAUACAUAUGUAAUAUGUAUUACACAAUAAUUCAAUACAGAAAUGUUCAAAAUAAAAUUAUAGGGAAGUUUCUUAAUUUUUUCGACCACAUGUUUAUUAAAAACAAAACUGUUGUACAAAAAAAUAUUUUUUUAUUGUUGGGACUGCUAUUGUAAAAGGAUUGUAAGAUACAUUCGAUAAUGUAUGAAAAACUGUGAUAAAAUACGUAAUCUACUUUUGUGUAGUCAUUUUUUAAAGAAUCGGCAAUAUAAUUGAUUUUUGAAAAUUGGCUUAUUAAAAUAUACAUGAAAGUAAAAAGUGGUGAAAUAUGCUACAAUUAAAGUUAUGUCUGUUUUAAAUAUUAUAUUCGUGACCAUAUUCUUAGGAGAACAUUGUUAUUGAAAGAAAAAUAGAUACUUACUAUAAUUUUUAUAAAAGAAAAACUAAUGUUGAUGAAAAUGGAGUAUUUUAAAAUAUGUAAGUGACAUUCAGAAUGUAAUGAUAAUGAUAAGAAGUAAAAAUGAGUCACUCUUAAUUAAAAAUUAUAAAUCUUAACAUCUGUACUUUUGAUGACUUGGAUAUUGCAUCUUUUCAAUUUCUUUAUCAAUUUUGUCUGGUUUUUCUCUUGUCUUUCUGUUAAGAACAAACACCACACCAACACCUAAAUCUGGAACAACAAUUAAAUUCUAUCUAUAAAAGAAUCAAAUUUGCACUGAACUAGAGUCGAACAAUCAACUCCAUUUUGAUGACGUCGUCAGCAUUAAACGCAUGAACGAUUCUCUCAGACCAACUAUUUACCACAACCUUACCCACACGCAAAGGCAUCUAGACACCCUCCCUCAUUAUCACCACGCGCAAAUGAAAAAUGAGUUGCCAAUAUGUACUCUUGUUAUAAGAUCCUUAAGACUAAAUGCUGACUCCAAGAAUCCAAUAGACAAAAAGUAGUGGCAAAAGAAAAUCACACCCUCAGGAAAAUGGCUACAAGUAAACCACCAUACAGAAAGUAGAACUACAACGACAACAGAAAGAGCUACAGAAAUUAAGCUACAGCUUUCCCACAUUCAGAAAUUUUUCAAUUAGACAGUUUAUAAAAAUAUACAGGGUGUUUCAUUAACAAUUGUCCAUGUAACUGGAGAAACUUUAGCACAAAAUAUGAAGAUUUAACCUAAAACACGUGAAUAUCAUCCUUUUGUCUCAAUGCGAUAGAGUGAGUAGUUUUCAAGUUAUUUGCGAUUCAAGGUAAUGGAUUCAAGAAGAUUAUGUGUAUUUUAAACACAUAAUCUUAUUAAAUCCAUUACCUUUAACCGCAAAUAACUUGAAAACUACUCACUCUAUCGCAUUGAGACAAAAGGAUGAUAUUUACGAAGAAAUUAACAAAGAAUCAAAAACAUGCUGCAAUGAUUAUUACAACAGUGGCGUAGAUUAUAAGGGGGAAGGGGGUAAAAUAAAGUAUAUAUCCCUACAGCACGCCUAUGGUAACAGCGGAAAACUAUCUUUUAACACUAGUUAAAGCAUCCUAACAUGUGUAAACCGUUUGUCAAGUUUAAACAAAAAAUAUUGUAAUGUGUUCAAAUAAUGGGCUAAAAUCAUUUUAGAAUAUUUAUAAUAAAACACUCUGUAUCUCGGUGAGGAGGAAUAUUUUAUUAUUAAUUAUUUAUAUGGGAAAUAAUUAAAUAUUUUAUUGAAGUGUUUUAGGUUAAAUCUUCAUAUUUUGUGCUAAGGUUUCUCCAGUUACAAUAUGGACAAUGGUUAAUGAAACACCCUGUAUAGGAGCAAUUUCCUAAAUAAAUAUAUAGGAGAAAAAUAUGUAGGACGAAUAUCUACUAGACUGGAUGGACGGACACAACAAAAACGGUAAAUAAGGAAGAAAACAACUAUUUAAAAAGGAAAGGGCGUCACUGUUUUUAAAUAUUUUAAUCCAAAAAACUAUUCGAAAAAUAAAAAAUAAUAAUAUGCUAAUCCACCAUAUUUAAACUGUAGACUGCACAAGAAUAUUAAAUAUUUCAUAAUAAUAAAAAUUAAUGAAAUAUGACAUUUAUUUGGAUUAUCUAACUAUAUUUAGUCACUCGUUCAAUUUGUAACAUUGUUUUAAUAAAGAACGACACUUCAGAUGUCAGAUCGGUUACCAAAAAGGGGAUAUGGAAUGAGCAACUCACAUUGCCUCAAAUUGAGCUGUAAAACGAAUCGACUGACCAUUUAUCUGUUGUGUAGUCAACUUUCUCAUGAUGAAGGCUGGAGUAGCGAGGAGUAAGGGUCUUAAUUUUAGAAGAAAUUAUUGGCUUGUUACCCCAGUAAAUUGGGGAAUUGUUUCAUAUAUCUGCCGACCGAGAAACAUUUCAUCAGCUUGUUGAAAACAAGCAUGGCACACAAAGAAGAAUACCCCACUGAAGUCUUUAACCCAAAUUAAAUUGGGUAAUUUAACCGGUGACGGAGGCGGUGACACUAAUGUUGCAACUUCUUCCAAAGCGAGUGGAAACGGAUAUUUACAACACAAUUUCUAACAGAAAAUGAAUAGAAUAGCAAGAGUAGACCUACUUAGAGAAAAAUAUCCAAAUAACAAAAUGCCGUUGACUUGUUGUGUGGUUUAACAUAGAUCCCAUCUAACGGGACAAUCUCUAGACAUUUCUUCUUGGGGGAUUAUCUUCUAUAUUAGCAAACAAAGAAACUACCGACAACGCGCGUUUAGGUAAACUACACAAGGGAAAAAUCAGGUUCAAACAGCGGUAACUUUUAAAAAGGUUUAUUGGAGGUUUAUUAAGGUUUUUUAUUAGAAAGUAUUUUUUUAAGUUUUUUAUUAGAAAAGAAGUUAAAAUUAUAUACGAGGUAUCUUAAAAUUAAUUAAAAUAAUGAAAUUUCGACAAGAUGUAAUCUAAUGGACUUUAUUUACAACACAUUUUUUAUCGACUCAUUUUUACUUCAAAUAAAUCAGUAAUCAUAAAAAAUGAAUAACUUGUUUAAAAUAUAUCUAAAAGCUGAUAAGUUUCUCACUAUUAAACCUGCUUUUGGUCUAGUCUUACGAUAAAUGCAAAUGCAAACAUACGGGGUGAAUAAAAAUCGUGGAACGAUUAAAAUUUUUAUGUAUAAACUUAUAAAUAUAUAUGUGAUCGAAGCUUUGAAUCACUAUCUGUAUCAACAAGUGCUUAUUUUUACGUUGCAUCACUAACAAAGUGGUUUUCUUUUAGGUGAGUUUUAACAUGGACGGAAUCUGUGAUAGAACUGUGAUUUAUUAAUACCGUCUGUGGCUUAAACUCGUUAUAUUGCAUAUUUAUUUAUACAAUUAGCGCGUAAUAUUUUGUUUAUUUUUUAAUAUUUGGACGUCAUUUCAAAAAUAUGAUUCGAUUCUAGACGAUAAAACAACAUUUUAUGCUAUUAGAACUGUCACUUUUAACCUUCCUGGGCUCGCGCGCGGACUCUCGCUCCGCACUUUUAAAAAUUUGACCAUAAAUCCCUAAUGCGCAGUCAAACGACUAAGUACGUGCUGUGCUAGUAGUCUCCUAAAGCUUGUCGCUCACUUAUGCGAUGCACCGCGAAGCGCGGAGAAAAAGGUUGCUAUAGUCGAUUCGCUAAUCUGAGACACAACUGUCUACACUACAUUCACAAUAAAAAUGCACUAUAUAGAAAUAAACAAACCAAGACACGUUGAAUGUUCGAGAAGCACUCCCAAAUCAUGAUUUGGGAGUGCUCCUCGUGCUUGUUUAUUUCUAGUGCAUCUUUAUUGUGAUUGUAGUGUAGACAGUUGUGUCUCAGAUUAGCGAAUCGACUAUAUGAAUUAUCUUCAUGUAGAUAAAUAUAUCCGCGCGUAUCUGUGCGAAGCACACUCCUUUUAAAUACCUUUUUCGCUACGCUUUCCUUCGCGGUGCAGCUCAUCAGUGAGAGACAAGUUUUAAUUGUGUUGAUUUGCAUUAAUAUAAAGUUUGUUUAUUUGUCUCCCUAAAAAGAAAAACGCAAGAGAAUGCGAUAACUACCGCACCAUUAGCUUGAUGUGCCAUAUGCUAAAAUUGCUACUGAAAGUCAUCCAUAACCGGAUAUAUCAAAAACUGGAACAUAGACAUUAAUGAUACGCAGUUUGGAUCUCACAAAGGCCUAGGAACGUGUAAAGCCCUUUUUUUCACUUAAUAUACUAAUAAAAAGGUGCCUGGACAUCAAUCAAGAUAUAUAUGCGUGUUUUAUUGACUAUAAUAAAGCGUUCGACAACGUACGACAUGAACAAUUAAUGCAUGUCCUAAAAUUAAAGACCAUAGACUACAAUGACCUCAGGAUUAUAGUCGAAUUUAUACUAAACUUACGUGCAUAGAAAUCGGCCCACUUAAAAAUUUGGUCAUUUUUGAUGUCUCAUAUUUUCUAAACCUGUUGGCCGAUUUAAGUGAUUUUUUGAACAUGUUAUAGCCUGAUUCUUUAACAAUACCACUGUAAUAAUAUUGUUGCUAAUCAGGUAAAUUUUCAUUGUAUACCGGGUGUACUAAUCAAACUGUGUUUUUUUCUCAAAGUUCGCAUCACCCUGUGAAAUAUUCUAGCAUUUAUAAAAUACUGAAAUUAAAACCCAACUAUAGCCUCAGGUUUUCUUAACAUUCUCUUUUUUGAUUCAUUCGUUUAUGUUGGAUAUUAAAAAAGUUAGGUACUUUAACAACUAGACAUGCUCUUCAUCAAUACACGGUGUUUCUAAAUGAGUGCGACAAACUUUACGGAGCAAUUCUUCGUGAAAAAAUAAUGACAGUUGGCUUUAUAAACGUAUGUCCGCAAAUCUUUCGUUUCCGCGAUACGGGAUGUUGAAUUUUUUCUUACAAACUGACGAUUUAUUUAUUGCUCUAAAACCGGUUGAGAUAUGCAAAUGAAAUUUGGUAAGUUUUUUACUAUACAAUUAAGAAUUUUAUAUUCACCAUUGGCGUGCAUACGAGUAAUAUGACCGAUCAUAUUACCCGCAUUGUACGCCCAUGGUGAAUAUUAAAUUCUUAAUUUUAUGUCAAAUAAUCCGCAAUAACUAUCUCUUCAAACCUACCAAAUUUCAUUUGCAUAUCCCAACUGGUUUUAAAGCAAUAAAUAAAUCGUCAGUUUUUAAGAAAAAAUGCAACCGGAAACGAAACAUUUGCGGACAUACGUUUAUAAAGCCAACUGUCAUUAUUUUUUCAUGCUGAAUUACCCCUUAAAGUUUGUCGCACUUAUUUAGAAAUACCGUGUAUUGAUGAAGAACAUGUCUAGUUGUUAAAGUACCUAACUUUUUUAUUAUCCAACAUAAACGAAUGAAUCAAAAAACAGAAUGUUAAGAAAACCUGAGGCUAUAGUUGGGUUUUAAUUUCAGUGUUUUAUAAAUGCUAGAAUAUUUCACAGGCUGAUGCGAACUUUGAGAAAAAACACAGUUUGAUUAGUACACCCGGUAUACAAUGAAAAUUUACCUGUUUAGCAACAAUAUUUUUAGAGUAGUAUUGUUAAAGAAUCAGUCUAUAACAUAUAAUAAAAAAUCACUUAAAUCGGCCAAGAGGUUUAGAAAAUAUGAGACAUAAAAAAUGACCAAAUUUUUAAGUGGGCCGAUUUCUAUGCACGUAUGUUUAUAAGCAACGAGCAAAAGUACGUGUUAACGAACAGCUGUCAGAAGAAAUUGAAAUCAGAUGUAGGGUGAGACAGAGAUGCGUGUUGUCGCCAAUUCAUUUUAUUGCCGACUCGGAAGAUAUCUUGAAAAAAGCUCUUGAGGGCGAAACAGCUGGAAUAAAGAUAAAUGGAGUUCCCAUUAACAAUAUUAGAUAUGCGGAUGACACUGUCAUCUUAGCCGAAAAUAUUGAGGAUCUUCAGAGGCUGGUGACCAGAAUAGCAGAAUUUGGACAAGAAUGCGUUCUAACAAUGAACGGCAAGAAGACAAAAUUUAUCGACAAAAUUUAUCGAAAACUCAAACUAAUAACUAGAAUCUCUUCAUAAACGGACCCACUGUCGAACGAUUAGACCAAUAUGCAUAUAUUGGAACAAAGAUGAACUCCACAGGUGGUUACUUCCGGGAAAUCAGAAUAGAGAAGGCUAGAACAAAUUUUAACAAAAUGAGAAGAGUGCUCUGCACAAGAGAUUUGAAGUUGAAGCUAAGAGUUAUGUUGGCUAGGUGCUAGGUUCUCGACUCGAAUGCAGCAUCAAUGAAAAAACUAGAAUCGUUCGAGCUGUGGGGUGGGUGUACAGAAGAAUUCUGAAAGUAUCGUGGACAGAACAGGUCACAAACAAAGAGGUUUUGAGAAGGGUGAAUAAAGAAAUGGAAAUCUUAAAUAUCAUCAAGUCGGUCAGCGGCUCAGUUGGGUGAGGCGCAGUCGAUCGACAAGUUUAGUGGAUUUGCGAUCGAGGUUCGAGCCCCAGCCCGGUCAUUUGAAAUUAAUAAAAAGGCCAACGUCGUAGUAUAAAAUUCAAUAGAAUCUACGACUUGGUCUGGAAUAAACUGGUGCCCAAUCGGCAUAUGAAGGAAUAUGGAGGAACGGCAAGGGAUAAGGGCUUGCGGCUUGGUGAUACUCCUCCAUAGUUCCCUACCGAAGGGCGUUGUAUAUACAGGCGAAUGUGCUCAGUAUAUUCGGUACGAGAAUAUUCUUUAAAGUAUAUGCAAAGAACAUGAAAUUUAGAAUGUUUUUUAUGGUACAUGCUAUGCUUGUACUACGCAUGUACUAAAAAAAUAUACUCUAUCGAAUGUUGGUAGUAUAUGCUUUGAACAUGAUGCGAACAUCAUUGUUAGUGGGCGGGAACACUCUCAACGUGAAAGAGGUGUGUAACGUCCGCAUAUCUGAUAUUAUUCACUAAUAGUGUUAAUUGAUAUGCCUUUAUUGAUGUCUUCUAGUGUCUGUUUAAACAUCUCUUCUGAAAACAUAUUAAAAAGUAGAGUAACUUAAAUUUAGACUUGGUCAAUUUUUAUGUUUCUAGAAAAACUGCGCCGCAUUUGAGCGACAAAACUUGUAAAUUUGGCCGAUCGAUAUUGAGGAUCCGAUUGAGUUUAAUUUGACAGUUGACGUUUGACAACUGAAGGGUACAGGGGAAGAACGGCAAUAGUCCAUUUGGAUUUUUCUCGAGCACACUGAACGUUAAGGUUUAUUAACUUUUUAUAAAAUCAAAUUUAAAGAAAAAUAAUCAGUCUUUAAAGAAUAAUUGUUAUUCUUUAAAUUUUACUGAUUAUUUUUUUUUAAAUUUGAUUUUAUAAAAAGUUAAUAAACCUUAAAGUUCAGUGUGCUCGAGAAAAAUCCAAAUGGACUAUUGCCGUUCUUCCCCUGUAUCAUUCAACUGAUACUUUCUAAAUUGAGACAUUUUGAAUAAUGUGGUACAUUUCUAAUCCUGUCUUGAAUAGCUUAUUAUUUCCCUGCUCAAUUUAAGAAAAUAAGAGUUAAAAUAUUUUGAUACUGAUUUUAACGUCAUAAUAUGUGUUCUUAUAACACAAGUCAAUAUUUUAAUAUAAAUAAGCUCUAGUAUCUUAAUAUUUUUUGAAGUGAAGUCCUGUUACUAGUUAUAUAAUACACCGUUUGAUCGGCCUAAACAUUUAAGAGUUUCUUUAGAAGGUUUUGCGAAAGUUCGUUUAUGUAAGUAUAUUUUACUCUACACAUGUAUGUAAAUACUGAUUAAAAAAAAUGUUACGAGUCAAUCUGGAAGAAAUGAAGUACAAAGUAGCAUUUCUGAUCUAUCUAAAAGUGAUUUGGUUAUUUUCUUGAGAGUUUUGUUCGUUUUAUCCAGCAAUUCGUUGUAAACGUUAACCAAUAUUGUUUGAAUGUCGAACACCGCGCGAAUCAUAUACAAGUGGACAGAAAAAUCUGAAACCGCCAAGGUCAGGCCGAUCGAAAACUUUUGAUUAGGCGACGUUGUCAGAUCAAUCGGAUUUCAAAGGUUUUUCUGAUUUUUAUUUGUUAUCUGUUCCACAGUAAAAUAUCCUUCUUUCUUCUGCAUAAAUUUUAAAACAGUGUGUAUAAUUUCACAAUACAUGUAGAAAUGUAUUCUAAAUAAACAACUAUUCCACGAUUUUACCUGGCAAUGUCGCAAAACCACUGAUUUCGCGCACAAUGUAUUCUAAAUGGAGGCUUACUCUUUGCACUAAUGCGUUUAACUGAAGUCUCCUCUCCUUGAUUUGCUACCUAAGUGACCUUUCGGUUUCUGAGAUUUCUGUACGAAUUGUGCAGGGUCGCGCGAAUCACAAUUGCUUCGCAUUGAUUGUUAUACUCAGUUAGCCCGGAAAAUCUUUAAUAUUAUAUAGAUUACGGCGUUUAACGUGUUAAUGAAAUAUGAUCUGAAAUGUUGGAUAAAAUAAUUUAUAUCACAUUUGUUAUACUGGAUGAUGAUUUAUACAAUUAGCAACAGUGUAUUACCAAAAAUUAUGUAUUUCUGUGAUAUACAAUGGUAAAAUAAAACACUGUAAAAUGAAAACCAAAUGUGUUUCUUUGUUUCCUAGAUACAUUUUGUAAUGAAAAUCGAUACGUGGCUUUCUUAUUUAAGAAUUUCUUAAAAAACUGUAACCCCACAAUAGUAUAUUCUACAAGUUACUAUUUUUCUUGAGAGUAAGCCACAAUUUUACUUUAAAAUAAAGUUUUUUGUGUUUUACACUUCAGAAAUCGUUCUCAAAAUACAUUAUAGUAAAUACAUUGUCUAAUAAGACAUAAGUAAUGUUUUGUAUUUUGAGUACGAUUUACGAAAUGGAAUCUGUUUUCAUUUUACGGUGUUACUCUUUAUUUGUUAAAGAAUCUGGCAAACUUAAUUUUAGAAAUCUUCCCAAAAGUAAAAUGUACAUUUUAUAUUUUAAUCCAGUAUUUAAGAUGGAUUAUUUGGAUUGUAAAAAAACAACCAUUCAGGAGAUAUGUUUUACUUUACAAAUCAUAUCCAAUUUUAAGUAUGGUCUGUUUCUUUUAUAUGGCAUCUUGACGGUACAUUUUUAAUAUAUUGCACAAUAAUAUGAUACUCAACUCAAGAUUUACUGUGACUAAUCUGUCUUGUCUACUUAAAUUACACUAAUAUGAUUUGUCUUCUUGAAAAUAUUUUUUACUUAAAAUAUUAUUAUGCCCAAAUAGCAACUUAUGGAGGUGAUAAAAUGAUAAACAAUUAAGAAUUUGAUAAAGACCUACCCUUCAGUAAGGUAGGUAUUUAAUUUCAUGUUGAGAUAUUGCUAAAUAUGUUUGACAGAAAAGGUACCCCCGUUAAGGUAGGCAAAAUACCCUCACUCCCAGAAUUGUUGUUUUUUUCAUCUUCUUUAUCUUCUAUUUGAUUAAAAAUAAGACACAGCACAAUAUUUUCAACUCUUCAGUUGGCAACUCGGGAAAGUCAGUUAUUUGAUCAAUCCCCAAAAGCAUUUGAAAACCGGGAUUUUUGCAUGUUAUGCAGUUGGGUAAAUCCAGUAAAAAGCCCCAAAUAGCCUCGAAAAUCUGGAUUUUCGCUUAAACGAUGACGAUGGUUGUAUUUGCUUCUUUGAGGUCUGUAAAUAUUCUUUUUCAUAUAUUUUUUGAAUAUGAAUAAUUUAUUGUAAACGCAUUUAUGUUGGUUAUAUUGAUCUAAAAAUAUUACUCCCGCAAAAACUUGCAUUUUGCACAAUUUUUGAAUGAAUUCCUACGAGACACAAUUACUUAGAAUAGAAUAGAAAUAUGCUUUAUUGUCGUUAAAAAAUGUACAAUUUUAUAGACAAAGCUUUCAAACAGUCGAAAAACAAAACAAUAACAAAUGCAAUUAACUAAGAUUACAUAAAUCGUCAAUAUAAAUUAAAAAAAAAUAAGUAAAACAAAAACAAUCCAUUUCAAAAUUUAAAUAAAUUGCAAAUAAUUAACCUUAAGAAAGAAUAAGUUUAAUAAGCUUCAAACUUCAAAUUAUAUAUAACCUAAAAAAAGAAUGUGUGUGUACUUUGUACGCACGUAAGAAGUUAUACUUCUAUUAUAUGAUUUAAACGAAAUUAAUAUACUUUUUAUUUAUAUUUUGUUUAAAUAUUAAACUAAUUUAUACUUACUACUUCUCAAACAUUUUUAUUAGAACAGUGCCAAAAAUUAAAAUAAUAAAAGAAUAAAACACACAAACACAUUAAACAAGCCACAAAUGAUGUCUGAACAUUAAUUGUCGAAAAUUUUUUUAACUAAAUACGUAUUUUCUGAAAAUACAAUUAUAUAAUAAAUAUACUUACAAUCAUAAAAUGUAUUAAAAAAAAAACAAAAAAGAAAGUUUCUAUUGGGACUCGAACCAGCGCUGAUAAGAGCGGUUGGUAUUGGAAUUCAUUCGCCUUCUCCGCUUAGCCACGGACACUAUGUGUCAUUAUUUACGAAGAUCGACUAACUAAACGGAUUAAACUUGUGAUAUUUUGAAAAUUGAUCAAAUUAUUUUAAUUUUGAAUUGAAAUGAUUUAGAAUUGAAAAAAUACAACAAAACAGAGUAAAAAACAAUAUAUUAGGUGAAUAUUGAUAGAAAUUUUGAUGGUAAUCAAAUUAUAUAAAUAAAAGUAUUACAUACUAUGUAUUUUGGCAGAUCAAAUAGAUAGGUUUAUACCCAUGAUACAUUAACAAUUAUUACGUACCUGUUGCUUUUAAAAACUAUUUAAAAGUCACUACAAUAUUAUAAACUUUUUUGUUUCUGUCCUCACAACAAUAAAACUAAUAUAUUAUACAUUUGUUUACCUUUACCUUUACCUCCAAACCACAGCUGUCAUAUCGGAUAAUUUUUGACAUGUCAUUUGAACAUCCAAUCAGAACAAAGUUAUAAUGCGCAUGCGCCGGGCUGAUAGGUUUUAACAUAUAAAAAAAUCACCCUCUAUCGCCGGUAAAGAAGUAUAACUUCAAAAAAUUGAUUUGAUCUAUUUUGUGAGGAGUUGCCUAAUUUUGAUAAUGUCUUAUUUUCUAAUUACAUAGAACGUAAAAAAUGAAAAAGAUUGAAUUCUGGUAGUGCGGGCAUGUUGCGUAUCUUCAGCGAGUACCUUUUUCGCACUAUUCAAAAAGCUACUCAAAAUUGAUUGAUCUAGCUGAGCUUUCGUAUUAUAAAUUGUGGUAGACUGUCGAAUUGAAUAUUUUACGGCCUUUCAAAAUGUAUCUGUUGCAUGCCAAGUUUAUUGGAGCCGACCCUGUAUAAUAGAUGAUGGGCUGUAAAAAUAUCAAUGUCCUUUUGAUUGAUGGAAUAAAUUGAGUAAUUUUUAUUAUAUUACAGUAAAACCUCGAUAUAACAGACUAAUUGGGGAGACGGGAUGUUCGUUAAAGCCGAAAGUCCGUUGUAUAAAAAUAGGUCAAAAUUUUUUUUAAGUUAUACUUCUUUAGGCAUGAGGGUCAAUUUUUACAUUCUCUGGCGCAUGCGCACACCGACAGUAUGUUAGUCGCUACAUUUUUAUGUAGCGCAAAUAAGGUGUGCGUGAAAAGAAUAUAUUAUUAGUGUUUUUAGUAAUAUUUAUUAUAAUUUUUGUGUCUUUGGAUUUGUCUUCCUCGGGAAUAAGAUAUUUUAUAAUAAUAGUAAGUAUAUUUAAAGUAUUUUUGUAUACUUCACUUGGUCUAUUAAAUUUGUCAGUAUGUAUGAGAAAUCUUGUAACCUGUCAAAGCAAAGGGAAUAUGGCUCAGUGGUAGAGCGUGUGGCCGGAGAUCGAGAGGUCCCCGGUUCGAAUCCGUGUGUUUUCUAUUUUUUUUUAUCUUUGGUAUUGUUUUAAUAAAAAUUUUUGGAAAGUAGUAAGUAAAAAUUAGUUUAAUCUUUAAAUAAAAUACAAAUAAUCUGUUGAAAGUAUAUUUAUUUCGUUGAAAUCAUAUAAUAGAAGUAUAACUUCUUACGUGCGUACAAAGUACACACACAUUCUUUUUGAAAUUAUGUAGGUGCUCUAUUUAGAUACAGUGUACAAAGCUGCAAGUUAAAAAAGGAAUAAAGUUUUGUUCGCUACUUUUUUACUUUUCUACUUCAUCUAAAAACUUUCGGCAAUAUACUCAUUUGGUUGACAAAAUUAUUCACUGAUGCAUUGGUUGAAUAGGCGAUGUAUUUUUUGGCAAAACAUACAAUUAAAGUUGCGAUCUUCUGAAUUUAGAAUACUAUCAGGGAGAUUACAAGGAACUUUGUCUAAAAUCAAUAAACAUUUCACCUCUUUAGGCGGUAUUAUACUACCAGUUUCUUCUCUUGAAAUUUUCUCACUGCAGGUACAAAUCCUUUAAAAACCAAUUUUUGAAAAUAUCUCUGGUGAACCAUAUCCUAUUAGAGCUAUAAUAUGAAACGGGCAGAUGAUGGCUUUUGAUGAUUAUAUCUUUGACAACACUAGGUUUACGAGAUUUACCAACAAUUAUAGUAGUCCCAUGCGAUCCAUCCGUGCCGUUUUCCCUUCUAGAAUUCGAUUUUUCAAAUUUUUUGCAUUCAAUUUUUUUUUACAUUUGAUCUGAUUUUUUGUCCGUUAUAUCUGAAGUCCUUUAAAUAGAGGUCCGUUCUAUCGAGGUUUUAUUGUAUUGUACAAAAUCAAUAAUUCUGCAAUAUAUUGAUGAUCGAUCGUCUAAAGAAUGUUUUAACCAUAUUUGCUCAAAAAAUAAAUGCAAUAAUUUUUGACCUCGCUAAAUUACAGUUGAGCAUGCAACUCAUAUAAACUGCGUUACAUAUCUAAUAUCUACAAUUAUUUUUGGGAAAAUCUCUUAUCAACAACAGCUAAAUAAUCAUUAGUAGAAUCAAAAGUCUUUAUUAUCACGAAACCUGUUAUAGACAAUAUAACUAAGAACAUUUUUAUAUUUAAUAAAUAUAUAAAUUGGACAAAAGAAUAUUUUUUCACUAUUAAAACUUGAUUUAAGCUUGAAUUGUUAAGUUUUCGCACGAGUACAAUAAGUACCUUUCAGACUAAGACACUGGCGUCUGUCGACGGUGUUCAAUUGCAGCAAAGCAUUGCUGAGCCACUAAAAUCAGCCAGACACUCAAAGUGUCCGUAGUCGCUCAUUUAAAACAAUGUUUUGCUGACCGGUAGCGGACACCGGUGUCAGACACCAGUGUCUUAGUCUAAAAGGGUACUAAUAUUUUGAUAGAAAUUAACUAGAGAAUUUUGUUUACAAAGACAACGAAGAAAAUUAAGGUAUUUGGUGUUAAUCUGUGUAUAUUUUUUUAUAAUUAAUAAACAAGAUCUUAUUAUAUCAGCUACAAUGAAUUUGUGAACAAAGUUUUCUACUUUUACUUGUAAUGUACUGGUAAUUAUGAAAACUGGUAACUUCUAUGACUCUUUGAAUUUAUGAAUUGAAGUAAAUAAGAACGAAACUGAAAUAACUUAUCAGGAAGACAAGAAAACUAAUUCCAAUACGCCUGUCUCUGGACUUUUUCCAUUUCGUUGUCAUGACUAGUGUUUAGCCUUUUCCCUAGGUAUUAAUCCCCUGAAAAUUUAUCAAUGUGACUAUGUUAUAUUGGAAGUUUGUAAUCAUCCAUCAUGAUCAUUGCCUUUGCCUUUAACUAUGUGGAGAAGGUUUCCUAAUUAUUUCUUCAAAUUUUCUAUUUUGGGUCGUAUCUCGUAUCAAUAUUAAUCCCGUCUUUUCUGAUAGAAUCUUACCUUUACCGACAUGAAAUUUAUCAAUCUUUUCCCACACUAGUUGUUCCUCUCUCAUACUAUAUUAUGGUCUGAUAGGUACCCUUUGAAAUAAAAUACAUGUUUUUCUAAAAAACAAAAAAUAAAUUUAUUAUAUUCGAUAUAGUCUCCUUUUAGCUCAUUACAACGAUUCUAGCUAUUUUCCAACUUCUUUAUGACCUCCUAAUAAUACGAUUCUGGAAGCUCAGCAAAAUAUAUACAAGGUGAUUGAUUAGUAGGGUAAAGCUCAAUAGAUCCGCUAUAGUAAUAGAUAGCAAUAAAAGUUAAUAACAAAAAUUUUAGCCACCUUUGAGCUUCACAUUACAAAAGUAGUUAGAAUGUUACAGGGUGUUUGAUAACACAGUGGCAGACCAAACUUAUAUUUUUUUUAAUGGAACACCCUAUAUUUUAUUUUAAAUUCUAAAUCCUGUUAACUUCUCCAUCACAAAAAUAUAAAGGUUUGUUAUGUUAUACAGGGUAUUUACAAAGUUAUAACCAAUUUUAUAUGAAAAUCGUAACAAGUUCAACUCCCUGUAUAAAUAAAAAUAAGCAAAACAGCAAUGGUUUAAUAAUGCCAUAUUUUUUAACGUAUUGUCAAAAUUUUCAAGAAUGGUCAAUGUUGCUAAUUUUCUUUAUAUUAAAUACAGGGUGAGUCAAAACGCAAGUACAUUAUUUUCUCAGUAAUUUUAAAUGGAACACCCUGUAUUUAUGUCACUGUUGAAAAGUACCAUUACCGUACUUUAAUUUUUAGAUAACAUUUUCUAUGUUUAAAUUUAUUAGUUUUUGAGAUAUUUUCAUUUUUCAAUGGACCAGUAGCGUGGCCACCCAAAUCACCAGAAUUUAAUAAACUGGACUGAUUUUUUUGGGGUUACGUUAAUAAUGAAGUUUAUAAAAUACCUGCAACAACAAGGGAUGAGAUGAAAAAUAGAAUACAAAGUGUAUUUCGAUGUGUUAAUUUACAAAUUCUUCGUAGAGUAAGUAGCUCAUUCAAUGAUCGUUUUUAGGCGGUACAUAAAUGUGUUAGGAGAUAAUUUUGAACACCUUAUGUAAUUAAAUAUUAAAAAUAUUUUAUUAAAAGUAGCUUCUAAUUUUUUCAAACAUGUUUUUUUUGCAAAAUGUAUUACUGAUAAAUUAUGUUUCGUUCUUUAUUUGUUACAUUGUUACAUUUACAUACAAAAGUAGUGUUUAAUUGUCUUCACAAAAUGUUGUAUUUUGUGUUUGUGUGUUUUUUUGUAAAAUUUAUUACUAAUUUUCUUUGUUUAUUUUACUUUGUUGCUUUGUUUGCUUUGUUGCAUUUACAUAAAAAGAUAGUUUUUAAUUGUUUCAAAAAUGUUGCAUGUUGUGGUUGUGUUUUUGUUUGUAAAAUGUAUUACUAAUAAAUUCUUUUCAUUUCUUUAUUUGCUACAGUGUUACAUUGAUUACCGGAUUGAUAAUCGGUAAUCGUCAAUUGUUAAUUCAGUCAUGGCUUACUUAAAAUUUAGAUAAAGGACAUCGCACACAUCUUAUGGAAAAUAUAAUGUCACUCAAAUUCAAUAAAAUUUAUACCAAUAGAUUCGUUUUAAAUUAAAGAUCAAAUCUUAUCAUUGUGCCAACUCUCUAUUUUCAAAAAUAAGAGCAGAAAUUGAUAUAAAUAAAUCUGAAAUCAAAUGGGUAGGUACAUAAGUUAGAGAGAGAAAAAAUAUUUUAAAAUACCCAGAUUUUCGGUACUCCAUAAAUUAGCGGAUUAGUUUCACUAAUCCGCUUAGGCCCAGCGGGAUUUAAGCUGUUAUGAAUAGCACUCAGAGCAAUAAUGAUUGUAAACUAACAUUUUAUGGACUCCAAAAAUGUGAUUUCGAUAAACUUUAAUUGCAAUUUGCGCCGUAAUUAAUCAUAAUUAAGAGUUGGCGCAAUGAUAAGAAUUGAUCGUUAUAUUAAAACGAAUCUAAUCGUAUAAAUUUUAUUGAAUUUGAGUGACAUUAUAUUUUCCAUAAGAUGUGUGCGAUGUCCUUUAAACACCUAAAAUAAUUUGCUCUGAAAAAUGAAAAUAUCUCGAAAACUAAUAAAUUUGGGCAUAGGGUAUGUUAUAUAAAAAUUAAAGUACGGUAAUGUUACUUUUCAAUAAUGAUAUAAAAUACAGGGUGUUCCAUUUAACAUUACUGAGAAAAUAAUGUACUUGCGUUUGGCUCACCCUGUAUUUGAUAUAAAGAAAAUAAAAUUAGCAAUGUCAAUAAUUCUUGAAAAUUUUGACAAUAAAUAAAAAAAAUGGCAUUAAUAAACCAUUGCUGUUGUGCUUAUUUUUAUUUAUACAGGGAGUUGAACUUGUUACGAUUUUCAUACAAAAUUGGUUAUAACUUUGUAAAUUCCCUGUAUAACAUUACAAACCUUUAUAUUUUUGUGAUGGAAAAGUUAACAGGAUUUCGAAUAUAAAAUAAAAUAUAAGGUGUUCCAUUAAAAAAAAACAAAUUUGCUCUGCCACUGUGUUAUCGAACACCCUGUAACAUUCUAACUAAUUUUGUAAUGUGACGCUCAAAAGUGGCAAACAUUUUUGUUAUUAACUUUUAUUGCUAUCUAUUACUAUAGAGGAGGUAUUGAGCUUUACCCCACUAAUCAAUCACCCUGUAUAUUUCGUCAAGCAUCUCUUCGUUCAAGCUGAAUUUUUUAUUUACGAACCAGCUCUUCAGAUUUAGAGACACAUAAUAAUCGAAGGGAACCAAAUCGGGAGAAUAAGCCGGAUGGGAAAACAAUUCCAAACCCAGGUCAUGCAUUUGUGCCAUUGUCAUAACGCUCUUGUGAGUCAGUGCAUUGUCUUGGAGAAAAAACACUUUUUUCGUCUUCAUAUGGUGCUGUUUCUUACCGAGUUUCUAGUUAGGUUAUCCAAGAAUGCACAACUAUUGAUAGUUUUAUCAUUUUCAAGAUAGUCAAAUGAAGAUAUGCGUUUACAAUCCCAAAAUACAGCGAUCAUGACCUUUCCGAAGAAAAGAAAUACAUAUAUUGAUUAGUUAUUUCUAUUGUCAAAAACUUGAAAAAUCACUAACGUGUACAUGCUUAGGGACCUCUGGAACUACAUACUUUGUUCAAAAAGGAAAAGAGUUUUCCAUAAUUACCAUAUUGUUGUUUUAUCCCUACGAUUAUAAUUUGCUAUAAGUUGUGUAUAUCUCCUAGAUCUCUGAAAAAUAAUCCAGGGAUAUAAAUCGGAGAUAAACCCAAAUUUUGAUGCAACAGCUUGUUGAUGUUUGUACUUUUCAGGCUGUACAUCCGUUGCUUGAAAAUUAAAUGUAUCUAUGUGCCCUGCAGUAUCACAAGGGUUCCAUGACAUCUCGUAACGUGACAGUUCGUAAUUCCCUCAAAUGGUAACGAACAAUUUGUAACGCCGUCAAUUCGUAACGGCAACACUUCGUAACGAUACAUAUUCGUAACGGUAUAAUUCGUAACGCCAACAGUUUUUUUAGCAAAUUUAGUAUUACUGAAUUUAUAUAAAAACACAUUUUGCAUACAUUUCUAUACUAUAAUUAAUGGUACUUUCUUUAAGACCACUUCUUUUUAAAUAUAUUUCACAUAAUAUAUUUUUGGAUAUAUUCUUUUUAAUAUGACAAUUAAAGAUUUUUUUAAAUUUCUUCUUAUCUUGAAUUAUUACUUUAAAGUAGUAAAACCAAGUGUGAAAAAUACACUUCUCUAAGAAAUUAAUGCACCACCUUAAAAAUUGGUCAUUUUUAAUGUCUCGAAUUUCCUAAACCUGUUGUCCGAUUUAAAUUAUCUUUUUAACAUGUUAUAGCCUUCUUCUUUAACAAUAUCGCUGUUGUUGUAUAUUGUUGCUAGACAGGUAAAUUGUCAUGGUAUACCGGGUGUACCAAACAAACUCUGAUUUUUUCUCAAAGUUCGCGUCACCCUGUGGAAUAUUCUAGAUUUUAUAAAAAUACUGAAAUUAAAACCCAACUAUAGCCUCAUGUUUUUUUAACAAUCUGUUUUUUGAUUCAUUUGCAUAUGUUGGAUAAUACAAACGUUAUGUACUUUAACAACUAAUAGCCUUGUUUUUCAUCAAUACAGGGUGUUUUUAAAUAAGUAUGACAAACUUUAAGGAGCAAUUCUGUUUGCUUUAUAAACGUAUGUCCGCAAAUGCUUCGUUUCCGAGAUAGGGGGUGUUGUAAUUUUUCUUACAAACUGACGAUUAAUUUAUUGCUCUAAAACCGGUCGAGAUAUGCAAAUGAAAUUUGGUGGGUUGUAAGAGUUAUUUAUUGUGCAUUGUUUGACAUACAAUUAAGAAUUUUAUGGUCACCAUUGGCGCACAUUAGCGUCAUAUUACACGUAUGCGCGUUAAUGGUGAAUAUUAAAUUCCUAAUUCAUCAAAAAAUGUACAAUAACUACCUCUUAAAAUCCACCAAAUUUCAUUUGCAUAUCUUAACCGGUUUUAAAACAAUAAAUAAAUCGUCAGUUUGUUAGAAAAAUUUCAACACCCCCUAUCUCGGAAACGAAGCAUUUUCGGGCAUACGUUUAUAAAGCAAACUGUGAUUAUUUUUUCAUGCAGAAUUACCCCUUAAAGUUUACCAUACUUAUUUAAAACACCCUAUAUUGAAGAAAAACAAGGCUAGUUGUUAAAGUACCUAACUUUUUUAUUAUCCAACAUAAGCGAAUUAAUCAAAAAACAGAAUGUUAAGAAGACAUGAUAACAAUAUUAUUAUAGCGGUAUUGUUAAAGAAUAAGACUAUAACAUGUUAGAAAAAUCACUUAAAUCGGACAACAGGUGUAGGAAAUUCGAGACAUUCAAAACGACCAAUUUUUAAAGUGGUGUGUUAAUUUCUUGGAGAGGUAUAUUUAUUUUAAGAAAUAAAUUUCAAAAUAUAUUUCUCUACGAAAUAUGAAAUGUGUUAAAAAUAUUUAUCCUGAUGCUGGUUCGUUAAAUUGAUAAAUGUAAUUUCAAUUUUAACAGUAAUAAAAGUUAGUUUCCACGUUAAUAAAAAUAAACGCAAUAAUUAAACUUUGACGUUACGAAUUGUCGCCGUUACGAAUUUUGCGUUACCAUUUGUGGGGUUACGUACUGUCGCGCUACGAGAUGUCUUGUCACGAUCACAAGACAUAAGAAUUGUCUCGCGGGUCUUGAUAUAAAAUCUAUAAUGUUGACGUUACCUGAUAGUUAACAGUUGAAAAGUUAAAAAGGUAUUUAAAACCGAAUUUCAUACAUAAAAAUCAUUGUAAUAAUUAUUACUACUUAUUGUUUAAUAUUAAAGUGCAUAUGUAUAUAUUGUUAAAAAUUAUUGUUAGAUAUAAAUGCUAGGUACUGUGUACUUAUUUAUGAUAUAUUAAAAGAAUUAUUGGUAUUAA